AUGUCAGUGGUCUAUCAAAUUCUUCAUGCUGUACCGUACAGUAACAGACCUAUCGUUAAGGAUGUGAUUGCAAGUUUGCAUAGCUAUUUUACUUGUAAUUUGCUCAUUGCUUUUUCGGUGAUUAUCAGUUUCAAACAGUUCGGUGGUCGUCCUUUGGAAUGUAUGUUACCGGUGGGCUUCACUGGAGCAUGGGAACAGUACGCCGAAAACUUUUGUUGGGCUCAAGAUACGUAUUUUGUUUCCCCAACAGUAUUUGUGGAAAAUGUAACUGCAGAAGAACGCCGCGAACGUCGAAUCAGUUAUUAUCAAUGGAUGCCAUUCUUUUUAUUAUUUCAGGCAGCAUGCUUUAAGGCUCCUACACUCAUAUGGAAAUAUUUUGCUGGACAAUCUGGAAUGAAAGUUGGUCAAAUUCUUCGAUUAGCGAGUGACCCAGCAAAUUCAUCUUUGGAUGUCAAGAAAGCAAACAUUGAAACGUUAUGCAUACAUCUGCAAGGUGCUUUAAGAUUCCAGGAACGAGUCAAGAAAAAAAAACUGGUACCUCAUAAAAUAUGUCGAUUUCUAAACUUGAAAUAUGCCAAUUACUAUGUUGCGAUGGUAUAUAUAUUUGCGAAGUUGUCAUUCCUGGCAAACGUUAUCUUCCAAAUCGCACUUAUGACACGUUACUUACUACCAGAACUUAAAAGUGAUUACGGUCUUGAAUCGUGGAAAAAUCUUAUCUGGCCUAAGAAUGAUUCUUCCACAUGGAAACAUAGCGGACUUUUCCCACUAGUUACGCUUUGUGAUUUCGAGGUGCGAGAAAUGGGGAAUAUACAAACUUAUACUGUGCAAUGUGUACUGGUUGUUAACUUGUUCACUGAAAAAAUUUUCAUUCUUUUAUGGGCUUGGUUUAUGGUUUUGACGGCUCUAACAUCUGUGAGUGUUAUCAAUUGGCUUUAUUUAUUGACAGAAAGUUGUUCAAAUGAGCACUUCAUUCUUAACCAUCUUGAAAUGAGCGAAACAUCGUUUGAUAAAAGCGAUCCACGUAGUAAGGAGCAAGUUGAUCGUUUUUUAAAUAGGUAUUUGGGAACUGAUGGUAUUUUCCUAUUAAGAAUGAUUGCUAAUCAUGCAGAUGUUGUUUUUGCUACAGAAUUAAUUGCAUCGCUUUGGCGGUCUCAUUAUGUUUUCGAAGAACAAAGAAAAAAUAUGUCUCAAAUGGACAAAAUAUGGCCUCAACACCAACAAAGACUAGAAAUAGCUUUGCUUGAAGAAGCUGAGCAUGCCCGGAAAAUCAGUUCCGACGCACUUAAUGCAUUGCAGCGAAAAAGAAGUGUUUUUCGUGAUUCACCAUACUUUGCGAAACGAGAGUCAUUGACUGGAAUAAUGAUGUCUAAAAUAGCGGGUUUGUGUAGUGUAGCACUGAUUCCAGGCAGUAUAUUGAGUAGCUCGCACCAAUCUUCUCGAAAUAGUUUGAAAGAUAACAUCAUGCCACUGUCUUCACGUAUCGCAAACCAACCUCGAGGAAGCGUAUUCUCAUCAAGUAGUGACAAUAAGCUUCGUCGACGACACAGUGUGGAAGAGGUUGAUAUUAUCACUGGUAGUAAAAUUAAAAAAUUCGCUGAGAGUAGUGAUGAAGAGGAAAAGGAGAAAGAGAAGAGCUUAGUACGAAAAAGCAGUGUAAAGUUCUGGUGA